AUGAAAUUAAUAUUAUUUUUAUUUAUUCUAAUAUUAACAAACAAUGAAAUUUGUUCAUUAUCGGAUGAAAUUGAAGAUGAUAAUGAUACAAGUACAACGGGAUACAAUCUUCGUCAAUUAGCUGAUAUGAUUUAUAAUAAACAUCUUUCUUUUUCUUGUGCUGCACAUGGUGAUCCAUGUAAUAAGACAUUUCCCUGUUGUCAUGGUUCUUGUCGUCUUGGAUUUUAUGGGCGUGGUUCUGGUAUUUAUCAUAUACCUAUUUGUAAAUCAAUCAAGACAAAAUGA